AUGUUUCUUCAACACCUCAGCGUCACUUUGCUCGUGCUGGCCACGUUGCUACUGCUGCUCGUCUCUCUUUCGACCCCGAUAUCGCACAAGAUCUACUUCCUGAAGGCCGACAUGGCCGUCUCCGUCGGUGAGCUUUCUCGAAACCGAAGACGGGUCGCGUGGGCAGGAAGGGUUUUCCGGCUGACCCCUGCGCUCUUGUUCUUGCGUGCGUGUCACAGCUACGCAAACGAUGAAAGCCAAGACUCUGUACCUCGGGAACUGGGGAUGGUGCCGGGGAGAUGUUUGUUCCAAACCUGCUCUGGGAUACAGGAUCGACGCCUUAUCGAGUGUCAACGGGAUCGGCGAGAUCGAGACGCUCGUGCGAAGGUUCACCAGUGCGUCAAGCAAAACGUUCUAUCUCAAUGCGACUGAGCUCUGGUUUGCUUGAUCCACUGACUCGCUGUGAUUUUUCACAGGCGGUCUUCUGCUGAACCCUCUCGCGUGUUGCUUGUCAUUCGUCGCGGCGUUACUUACACUCAGCCCUAACUUGGCGGUGGGAAUGGUCGCGGUGUUCGCCAGCGCUUUGGCUCUGUUCGUGACGGCUUUGGCGCUCACUGUGAGUUGACGUCGACGUCGUCUCCAUGCAAACGCACCUCUGGUAUACUGACCAGUUUACGGAGCUAAUCCGCCUUCUCGGGGGCCACAGUUCGACGUGGCCUUCUUCCUCACCAUUCGUAUCCGACUGAACAGAGCCUCGGACAACGUCCACGCCCAACUCAGCCACGCGACAUGGCUCGUCGCCGCUGCCAUCGGGUUGCAGUUCGCAGCUACGGUCGCGAUCUACUGGAUGCGACAUGUCCAAACGGCUCUCAAGUUCCGCAAGAUUCAACAGAUGGUCUAG